AUGUCUUCGAUUACUUUCCAGGAGCGCGUGCCGGCUGGGGAUGUGUGGGAGGCUGCUGGUCUGGAUGAAAAGAACUUGCGCGAGGAUGAGCGGUUGUUGAUGAGGGACUGGACUGCGCCGGCGGGCAAGCGGAUUGCGGUAUCUGUUCGUGUCGAGCCUAAGGUGUAUUUCGCAAACGAACGCACUUUCUUGGAAUGGCUCAGCUUUGCAGUACUCAUCGGAUCCAUCGCUACGACAUUGUCAAACUUCAUGGAUGCAGAUAAUCUGCGGGGUUCGACCGGCGCAGCGUUAUUCACCCUAGCUGCACUACUCGCUAUCGUCUGCUCGCCAUUACCUACUCAGCAUCAUCUUCGUGUAACGAGCCUUUCGUCGACGGGCCCCGGCGGAAGAGCUGUACUAUGACAAGGUAUGGCCUGACUAUUCUUCUUGCUUUGUGUUGUUGGCAGCGCUGGGUACCACUAUUAGGUUGAGGGUGGCGGAGAUGUGAUUGUGAUGUGCGGGGAUGGGUUGUAUUAUUGUGUAUCGACUUUGAGGCUUGACAGUGAUAGAUCGUUGGGGUUCAUUCGGUUUCGUUCAGGAUUGCGUCAUGUGAUGCGAGCAUGCUGAGGAGUGAUGAUGACACCUGGUGACACC